AUGGCAGCCCUCAAAGCCCCCCAAAUUGCGAAAAAAGAGGGGUUUUGGGACCACUUUAACAGAGUCUUCAGGGGCCACUCAGAGCCUCAUGGUGCCUUUGAAUCAACGAACGGCUCCGGAGGCCCUCGAUGCUCCGCACGUGAAGAGGGAGGCCCUCUCGGAAUUGCGACCCUCUGCAUGCCUUACGACUGGUGUGUUACCCCGCGUUCCAAGAAUUGCACAGCUAAGAUAGCAGCACCAAGAAGCAGAGUCGGAAAAGCAGAAGCCUCUCUGUGCUUGCGCAUAGGUCAAUCGUUUUGUUUUGAGAAAGUUGCGGAGGGAAUUUGGGAGGGACUCGUGGGCCGAAGAGUCUUCCAGAUCAAGGAGGCCCCAGACUCCACACUUUUCCGAUGUGUUCAUGAUGGCGAGGAAGCGCUAGACGACUCCAAGGGGCCCGGUGCCUUUGACCGGCAAGAGGCGGCUCUACGGAAGUUUUUCCGCUUAGAUGUUCCCUUCGCGAAGAUGGUUCAAAAAGAGUACAGUCUACAGAGGCAGUUGAAGGCCUUCUUGGUGCCAUGGUGGCGUCUACGACACAGGUGGGGUCUUCCACGGGGUACAGGCCUGAGGGUUCUUGGAAUAGACCCCGUGGAGUGCCUCUUCUGCUUCAUUUGUUCGGCAAACAACAAUAUUCCCCGCAUCACUCUAAUGGUGCGCCGCCUUCGAGAGCGGUUCGGCCUCCCCUUGGCCAAGGCCACGCCAAGUCGUCCCUCAGGUGAUUUCUUGGGAAAUCCUCAUCUGACUUGGCAUGCCUUCCCGUCCGUCGCCUCCCUCGCUGCCGCCUCUGUAGAGGACCUUACCCAAUUGGGUCUUGGAUACCGUGCGCGGCUUGUUAAUGGGUCCGCGAUCCGCCUAAUGGAGCUGGGGGGCCCCUCCUUUUUAGACAGGUUGAGGUGCCAGCAGCAAGAGACUCAGGGACCCCCGUAUGAGGGUCUGCGGAAAGCAAGGGAGGCUCUGUUGGAGUUUCCCGGUGUGGGUCGAAAAGUAGCGGAGUGCGUGGCGCUGUACGGUUUGGGAUUCUCUGCUGCUUGGCCGAUCGACACGCAUCUGAUGCAGCACUCAAUGGAGGACAAGGACUUUCAUUCGUUUCUGGUUUCUUCUUCAGAAAUUCAUAAAACCCCAGAGGCAACAGCAGUGCUGAAGCACUUUCGCCGCAAUCAGCUGUCCCCCUUACUUCAUGACGCAAUCCAACAGUUCAAUCAAAGGAAAUACGGGCCAUUCGCAGGAUGGGCACAGGCCCUCCUCUUCAUAGGUGCCAUUAGAAAGAGUAAAGUGCAACAGAAGGCGCGAGGAUCCUUUGGAAAACCAAAAAAAGAGCCUGAGCCACACGUGGCCUAG